GGGCGUAAACCGCUCAUGGUCUUUGUUGGUGCGAAGAUGCAAUAUAUGCUGUUCAGCCGCUGUCUUUGCACUUGAGCUUAGUCCUUUCUCUUCCUCCUCCCUCUUUCCUCCUAUCCCUCUCUCUCUGUAGGUGCCGCAGUUGAAGCCGAAGUAAUCACUCGUUCUGCUUUGUGCUGUUGUCAUGCGUUUGAUCCCUGCUGGGCAUUAUACUCCAAUCGUUCACCAAUCGACUCUCUUUACAUCGUAUAUUCUCUUGCUGUUCCUUCUUUUGGGUACUAUAUCCUAAUACCUUAAUCUUCUCCUCAAAUAAACAACCAUGCGCUCCUUCGCAACAACACUCUCUUUGCUGGCCGUCGGGGCUCUCCAGGGCGUAUCCGCCUUGGACGCCGCCGGAUGGAGAAACCAGAGCAUCUACCAGAUCAUCACCGACCGCUUCGCCACCUCUGACGGCUCGACCCCGGUAUGCGAUAUCACUCCGGGCCUGUACUGCGGCGGCACCUGGAAGGGUAUCACCAGCAAGUUGGACUACAUCCAGAACAUGGGUGCCACCGCCAUCUGGAUCUCCCCCGUCGUGAAGAACGUCGAGGGCAACGUUGGCGGCAACGGAGAGGGCUACCACGGCUUCUGGACCGAGGACCUCUACUCCAUUAACCCGCACUUUGGCACAGAGGCCGACCUCUUGGAGCUCUCCGCCGCCCUUCAUGCCCGCGGCAUGUACCUCAUGGUCGACGUCGCUCCCAACCACUCUGGUCUGAACGACUCCCCCGGCAACUACACAAAGUACACGCCCUUCAACAAGCCCGAGUACUACCACAAUGAGUGCGCCAUCAACUGGAACAACCUCCAGUCCGAGCAGCUCUGCUGGCUCGAGGGUCUGCCCGACCUCCGUACCGAGGACGACUUUGUCCGCAAGAUCUACGCCGAGUGGAUCAAGGACCUCGUCACAAAGUACUCCAUCGACGGCCUCCGCGUCGACACCGCCCUCGAGAUCGAGCCCGAGUUCUUCACCGAGGGCGGCUUCCGCGAGGCCGCCGGCGUCUUCCUCCUCGCCGAGGUCAGCCACUCCUCCCUGACCCUGCUCGCCCCUUACCAAAACUACCUCGACGGCAUCAUGGACUACAGCAGCUACCACCUCUUCGCCACCGUCUUCUCCACCCUCGAGGGCGACAUGGACGGCGUCUACGAGAGCGCCAACAUCAUGGCCGGCAUGUCCUCCAUCGACCCCUCCGUCUGGGGCUCCUUCGUCGAGAACCAGGACCAGCCCCGCUUCCCCUACCUCAACGGCGACAUCGCCCUCGCCAAGAACAUGUACGCCCUCACCAUGCUUCGCGACGGUAUCCCCAUCGUCUACUACGGCCAGGAGCAGCACUUCAACGGCGGUCCCAACCCCAACAAUCGCGAGGUCUUCUGGACGGGCGGCUACGACGACAAGGCGGAGCUCUACGGCUGGAUCCAGCAGACCAACAAGAUCCGCGUCCACGCCGCGACCGCCAACGCCGACUUCCUCACAAAGGAGCGCAUCCGCGCCGUCUUCUCCUACAGCAGCACCGACAGCAGCCGCGUCAUCGGCUUCCGCAAGGGCCAGCUCUUCUCCAUGUACACCAACGGCGGCUCCGCCGCCAACAACGGCGUCAUGUUCUCAAUUGCGCGCAACGUCCACGGCUUCGCCAUCGGUGCCGAGGUCGUCGACGUCUUGAACUGCGAGUCCUUUACUGUCGCCUCCAAGGGCCGUCUGUGGGCGCAGAUGCCCGCCGGUGGCCUGCCGCGCGUGUUCCUGCCCAAGGAGCAGACCGAGGGGCUUUGUAACGAUGUCAAGGCGCCUGUUGCGGAUGCCACUGUCAAGGUUGGUGUUGACAAGAACACUGGCUACAGCAGACGGGCGGUGAUGCUGAACUAAAUGUAUUGUGUGCUGGGAGUGCGUGCGAAUGUGUAGUAGACUUGAAGCGGUAUGGAACAGGCCUGAUCAUCAGGCUGUUAUGUGAACCUGAUGAUCGUGCUUCAUGUAGAUGACCCCUGAAUGUAGAGCGUUGUCUGCGUAAUAAUUAAUAGUAAUACGAAGCCAUCUGGUUUGAUCGUGCUGCCUUGCCCGUAGUGACAAUAAGCAUCGUGCUACUCAGUCUCUGGGUAGCUC